AUGUGCAAAUUGAAUUGGAUGAUGAUGGUUUUGUCGGCAUCUGAGAUUUUAGGUGUACAUAUUUGCCCUCCCUCUCUAGCUGGGGUGAACGCUGGCUGUCGUGCAGUUUAUGAAUCGCUGUACAGUCCUAGAGGCGACAAACAGCGCAGCUCGUUUCGUUUCGCGUGCUUCUCACACUAACUAACCAUUUCCACAACAGCGAGGCGCAGAAACAAGCCAGCGGCAGCAGCCCUAGAGAAACCGCGCUGGUGCCCCGAGAGUAAUACACCACAACGUCAAGGAACGACAGCAGUCUCCCCUGCUACAGAUGAAGAGAAGGGGAACGCGAACUACACAGCUAAAAAUAACUUCUUAUAUUUGACAAAAAAAAACACAACAGUGGUUUGUAAAAGCUCAAAGAUAAACAUUAAAGACCCACAACGAAGAAACUGCCGCUUGCCCAUUUCUUAACUACAGCAUCAGAGUUGACAAGAUCUGUUUCCACAGCUAUCGGCGACCGAUCUUGAGAGAAAUCUCUUCAUUUCACACCCCUGAGCUGGAAUAUACGGGCGCUGCUGAAACCAUGCAGGGAAGGUUACGGUAUUUUCCACCCGGCUGAACAACGGAGUUUGUGCAUUUGUUACAGCACACCUAUUUUGACUUUUCUGGUGAAGAUCUUCACUGGUGGCUCUCUCCUGCCAGCACCGUUUUCUCUUCGGUUCCGCGUCUGAGCUCAGUCCCACAACCGGCUGGAGAGCUCCAUGCAGCCGCAACGGGAGAGGAGAGAGGUGCGAUCGCGAGCUGGAUGGAUGGUUAUGGGGAAAGCGGCAGGACCUGCGGCGAUAGAAGUCGGCAAGAUCCUCGUCGUGUUUCUUUACCUCUUUCCCGCAGUGAGCCUGCAGUGUAAGAUCCUGAAGUGCAACUCCGAGUUCUGGGCCUCCACCUCCAGCUCGGGCCCUGAGGAGGAGUUCUGCACGGCGCUGAGAGCCUACAACACCUGCGUGCGCCGCACCGCGCGCACCUGCCGGGGGGACCUGGCCUACCACUCCGCCCAGCACGGCAUCGAGGACCUCAUGAGCCAGCACAACUGCUCCAAGGAAGGCCCCACCUCCCCGCCUCGCGCCCGGACGCCCCCGCCCCCCCCGCCCGACAGCCAGGAGCACUCCGACGGCCCCGAGAUCUGCCACUACGAGCGCAGCUUCCACCGGCACACCGCGCCCCCCAACUACACCCACUGUGGGUUUUUCGGGGACCCGCACCUCCGGACGUUCAGCGAUGACUUUCAGACUUGUAAGGUGGAGGGGGCGUGGCCGCUGAUCCACAACAAGUACCUGUCGGUGCAGGUCACUAACACGCCUGUCCUGCCAGGCUCCUCAGCUACGGCCACGAGCAAGCUAACCAUCAUCUUCAAGAACUUCCAGGAGUGCGUCGAUCAGAAGAUGUACCACGCCGAGACGGACGAGCUGCCCGCCGCGUUCGCCGACGGCUCCAAGAACGGAGGCGACCGGCACGGGGCAAACACCCUGCGCAUCGUGGACAAGGUGCCCGGGCAGCACGUGGAGAUCCAGGCGCGCUACAUCGGCACCACCAUCGUGGUCCGGCAGGUCGGCCGCUACCUGACGUUCGCCGUCCGGAUGCCCGAGGAGGUGGUGAACUCCGUGGAGGACAAGGACAAUCAGGACCUGUACCUCUGCCUGCACGGCUGCCCCCUCAACCAGCGCAUUGACUUCAGGACCUUCAGGGCCCGGGCGGCCGAGGGCCCCGGCGGCGGCGGCGGCGGUGGCGGCGGUAGGGCGCCCGUGCCAGCGCAGGGCUUCACGUACCAGUCGGCCACGGCCAAGUGCAAGGAGAGGCUCCCGGUGGAAGACCUGUACUUCCAGUCCUGCGUCUUCGACCUCCUGACCACCGGUGACGUCAACUUCACCAUGGCAGCCUACUACGCCUUUGAGGACGUCAAAAUGCUCCAUUCGAACAAAGACAAGUUUCACAUCUUUGACAGGACCUUAGAGGUGAAUGAGAGUAAUUCAGCCGCGAGGAAACCCUGUUCUUUAUCGCUCUGUCUCCUUAACUUUUUAGCUUUGCUGUUGUGGAUUCAGUGCAGCUCAGUGCAUCUAUAGUUGUUUUUUAUGGCGUCAUACCCAGUGCAUGUUACAGAUUGCAGCCACGAGAAACUCUUUUUCAUACCAUCGUACCUCAGCUCACUCCAUAGAUACGAUUUUGUGUUUCAAACAUCCGUGGCCCACUUGCAGACCAGGACAGCCACUCCUCAGUGGUAUCUGUUGCAUGGGGGAGGCAGAUGAAAACCACACGAGCAGAUGUGUGUGUUGGACUCAUGGUAGCCAUCAGACCAUUGUCAUUUAACCAUCAUCAUCCAUGGAUUGUGAGAGGUGAUCAUCAAACUGGCAUCGAGGAAUAAUGGUGGUUGUCUCGUUAAAAGUUACGAAGAGGAACCCUGGAGUCAUUGGUUACAACUCGCGUUAAGCGUGAAAUGAACUGGCGAUGCUCAUAAAAUAACAAAAAAUUGUGUUUCGCGUGUCAUAAGAAAUGCAGGAUUUAUAUCCACUCUGGUCUUGCGGAGCUUGAAAGGGAAUUACUGUUGGAAUCGUGCGAACUUCCAGCCAAAAGAAUGGCAGUCAGAUCUCCCAUUGUGACAGGCUUCUGAACUCUGAAGACACGAGUUCUAGGAGAAAGUCCACCACCGAGCAGCGAUCAGAUAAGCUAGCUGGGUUGUCCACAGUGGGAAUUUAUUGGUCGUAACUUGCUGCACUGUACGGUUCUCCGAUAUCCGUAAAGUGUUGCAGUAUUAUUUGUAGGAAUAGCUAAAGGGAAGUGUUUUUAUAACAAAUAGAAAUUGCCCCCAAGGUUCUAAUUUAGCUGGGGUUUGGUGGCCCAGGGUCAGUGAGUGUUUCGUUGGCCUGCCAAGUGGUUUACUCAGGAGUGCACUGGCAGCCGAGCAGGAGAACUUCCUGUUUUGCUGUCUGCCAAUCCUGAUGUGAGAGCUCACUUCAUUACAUCUCCUGCAACUGUGGUGUUACACAUAAACAGCAGGCUUUUUAGAUUUAUGAGUGUCAGACUUAAUUUAGGUCAUAAAUAGGACUGAGUGCUUGUGGAAGGAGAGAGUGCCCUUUACAAACUAGAAAGUAUGAAGAGAAGAAGUUGAAUUCAGAUUUGUGACAGUUUUGUAAUGCAUACGCCUACAGUCCUUCACUCUGUGAUCAAAUGUAACUGAUAGGGUAAAAUGUCAUAGGAAAUUCCUGUAAAAGCAGGACUCUUAUACUGUGUUCCAAACAAUCUUUGAUAUUUAUUAACCCUGAGAAAAUAAUUGCCUGUUACACUUAAACCUUUAUCAGCACAUAAUACAGAACAGUUUUUAAGAAAAAAUAAAAGGAGGAUAGAAUUAUGUUCUUUGCUCACUGGAGCUAAAGCACUUAAUGUUUUGCUUCCAAGAAGAUGACUUGGCCUAGUCUAAGGAUACAAAUUAUCUCACUUAAUAUGUGAUCUAAAAAAAACCUUUUUUCUAAUGGGAUGAAAAAUUCAGGGAAGAGCACAUUUAAAAAAAAAAAAAAUUAAUUGUUUUAAAUCAAGGUAGCCCUCAAAAAAUAUCAGUACAAAAGUAGUUUGUUGCCAAAGACUGAAAUAGGCAAUCGAGUUACUCCUCUUGUGAACCUGAAACAUCCUGCUGUCAUCCCCACAACCCCUGAGGACAUUAUAUCAGGGCUGAAACUAAGGGACACAGCAACUCUAUAGAGCUCACUUGAAUGCAGCUCUCUCUCUUGACCUGCUCGCUCACAGCUAAGACCACUGACGGAGAGCAGCACCCUGUGCCACCUGCUUCCAAAUAGCUCAGCCCUCUUCUCGGGAGAGUUUCGUGGUUAGCGAAGGCACCUGGGACUGAACAGAGCCCCCGACUGUACGAAGUGCUUAACGAUGCUGCUAAAGAUAAUUAGUGGGGGUGGAAGUGUUGGGGUGGGGGGAUAUGCGGGAGGGGUCUAGGUGUUCUUCAGUUGGCUUCACUCAUUGCUUUCAGUUGUCUGUGCUGCCAUGUACAGAAGCGCAAUGACACCUCCUGAAGCCCGGGCACUGCUGUCCAGCUUGCAGCUCAGACACUUGUGGCGAUUGUGGCAUCAUUGCAUUGUGUUCCAGUGGUUCUAUCAUCGUAAUUUAAUGCUGCUAUGAAGCAUAUGUGUCUCUUUGUACCAAGGGGAGGUGGGCAUGUGUGGAUCUAAGCACCAAGUUAUGCCCACGUUUAAACCUCCAUAGCAGUAAUAAGGCCUGUUCAAAAAGGCAUCACAGAGCUGACUGCUUUAGGUUGUGUACAUCUUAAGAAUGUUUUUGCAAUAAAAGCUGUAUGACUUUCUUAAUCAUCAAUCGUGCUAACAAGUCAGACUGUUUUGCCUGUGGCUCUUUUGCUGAUAUUCAGGACAGAUUUGAACUUUUAGGACACCCCUGCACCUUCCCAAUUAAUGUCCAGUGUGUCAGCCUUGAGAAGGUCCAAAUGUGUUCUCAUUUCCCAUUGGCCCUUACCAGUCAUGGCCUCCUAAUAAUCCCCAUCUAUGAAUUGGCUUCAUUACUCUGCUCUC